GGACUGGCUCACCGCAGUUCUUCUUUCACGACGGGUGUGUGUGCUUCUGUGCUUCUGGAGGAGAGAUCCACGCUCUAGAAUCGCACGGCGGCUCUUCGAUCGGUCGUGUUGGUGUGUGUGUGCGUGCGUGCGUGUGUAUGCGCGUGACCAGCCCCCGGGGUGUUCGAACCCUGCCAUGCGCGGCGCUUAGAAGGCAACCAUGCCCGCUGGUUUCCAGCGUAGGCGACGAACCACGGAACUGCUGCGGGUUGCGGUAGCUGUCCUGGGGGUCUUGCAUUGCUUCAGUAUCCCGUGGUGUGUUUCUGGAAUCACUGCGGGUCUCAUCUGCCAAAGGCUACCUGGUCUGACGUCGGCACAGCGCCGUAUCUGCGGUUCACGUCCAGACGCCAUCGUAGCCAUCGGCGAGGGCGCACGGCUUGGGUUAGCAGAGUGCCGCCGCCAAUUUAGGCACAAACGCUGGAACUGCUCCCUCACCGGUGCCACAGAAGGGGGCUUCGGACACGUCUUCGCUCUCGGCAGCCGGGAAGCAGCCUUCGUCUACGCCAUCAGCUCAGCUGCCAUGACGUACUCUGUGGCCCGAGCCUGCUGGAGAGGUAACCUCAGCGGGUGCGGGUGCGACCGUUCUCGCGAAAGCACCUCCAACGCCCUGGGGCCCCUCAGCGGCAGCGUGGACGGCAACGAAUACGACGACGCCUGGAAGUGGGGCGGAUGCAGCGCGGACGUCAAGCACAGCACGCGUCUAGCAAGAAAAUUUCUGGAUGCCAGAGAGAUCGAAGGGGACGACAGGUCUCUCAUGAAUUUGCACAACAACAGAGCAGGCAGAAAGGCAGUCAAGUUCACCUUGCUGACCGAAUGCAAGUGCCACGGUGUAUCUGGUUCCUGCACCAUGAAGACCUGUUGGAAGACGUUGCCAGCUUUCUCCCAAGUGGGGAACUACGUUAUGCAACGUUACCACAAGGCAAAACGCGUGGCGCCUUACUAUGGCCCUCACAGGCCUCCACCGGGUCCCACACCCAGGCCAUUGUACCUUAGGUUACGGACCACGAGGUUACAUCCUUUACCAAAAGCUAUCGGUGGAAGGUCUACCUCUACAAGCCGGAGAAACCCAAACGCCUUGAUGCCAAGCGGAAACCCUUCACAGCCGAAGCGGCCCAAAGUGCGUGACCUCGUGUACCUCCACGGGUCGCCCAACUACUGCGAACCCGACCAGGCCAAAGGGUCGCCUGGUACCGCGGGGCGUUCCUGCAACCGUACCUCGACCGGUACGGAUGGCUGUGACAUUAUGUGCUGUGGCCGCGGUUAUAACACACACCAGUACACGCGGACGUGGCAGUGCAAUUGCAAAUUCCACUGGUGCUGCUUUGUCAACUGCGACACCUGCAGUGAACGCACGGAGGAGUACACUUGCAAGUGAUUGUUCUCGUGAAAGAGAGUUUGCUAUGGGCCAUAUGUUAAGUUAUAGAAGUGUGCUGCUUCCGUUGAACUGUGGAAGCAUUCAGAGCCAAAGAGGCGGGUGUUGCGCGUCAUUGCAUCGACAGUUGUAUCGCAUAUGUGUGACAUGUUGUGCCAUAUGCUGGCAAUGAGGUAAUUUAUGUGGUUUGCGUCUGCUGCAGGAGUGUGCCACUUUCAGUGUAAAUUUUUGGGCCAUGCAUAUCUUCACAUUACUCUUUGGGAAGUGACACUUUAACGCGUAACACAGUGACGCGUUAACACUUUAUGUACCCAGCACGCAGUCUGUAAAUGGUUAUUUUGCGAUGCACACGCUGCAUACGUAUGUACUACACAGUGACGCGUUACACAGUUGCACGGGUUACAUACACAGUGACGCGUUAACACUUUAUGUACCCAGUGUGCAGUCUGUAGAAUGGUCAUUUUUGCAAUGCACAGGCUACAUACGUUAUGUACUGUAACACAAUGCAUAGUCCGUUCGGCGAAGGAAAUAGUACAUGAACUGGAAAGCUCUGUUAUGUUCAUCAUCACCUCUUCAACUCCCUGGAGUUUGACUCCCUUAGUUUCCUGAACUAAGGAUGCUGACUUCUACUAUCAUGCGCGUCUACCUGUUGAAUGACGAAGGAAAUAGCACACGAACUGGAAAGCUCUGUUAAGGUCAUCAUCACCUCUUCACCUCCCUGGAGUUUGACUCCCUUAGUUUCCUGAGCUAAGGAUCCUGACUUCUACUAUCAUGCUCGUCUACCUGUUGAAUGAAACUUUCGUAAAGUGCUGCCAUCCGGCCUUUCAUUGAUUUGAACUUUAUGAUGGCAUCGCAUGCUGGAACAGUGAUAUAUCACAGCGGUUGUGCUCCCCGUCCAUACACGGACAACAUGGGAGCCCAUAAGCUGUAGAACCCUACGUGUAUAUGCACCCAACACGACGCUAAAUGAUUGUGUACUUUCACUAACUUAUAACAGAGGCAUUCUUAUCGCUCUUUCAUCAUCACAUCGUUGUACAUACAACAGUUGUGCGUCUUCAUUCUAGUGUUACAUUGUGGUUGGGAGGAGAAAACUGUGUGGAUCAUCUAACGUGAAGUCUCACUUUUUCCUUUUUACCACAGCUUGCCGCGGUGUGAAAUAAAGCUGAAAGGUCUUAA